GACUCGUCUGCUUCAGAGGCUCGGGUGGCGGCGGCGGGCGCGGAGCUCCCUACGCGGCUCCCGCGGCUCCAGCGGCUCCAGCGGCCCCGGCUGCGGCCGGGAUGGGCGGGCAGCCGCGCCGGGUGCGCGGGGGGCGCACGACGUGACUCGCCUGGACCUGGAGCCCCGCCCGCCCGGCCGCGCCGGGUGGAGGGUCUGCUCGGCAGGCGCGGACGCGGGGUCGGCGGCCAGGCAGAGCCGGAGCAUGCGGGGCGCGGCGCGGGCGGCCGGGGGGCGCGCGGGGCAGCUGUGGCCGCGGCCCCCCGCCCCGGGCCCUGGCCCGCCGCCGCCGCUGCUGCUGCUGCUGCUGGGCGCGCUGCUGGGCGGCGCGGGCGCGCAGUACUCGAGCGACCGGUGCAGCUGGAAGGGGAGCGGGCUGACGCACGAGGCCCACAGGAAGGAGGUGGAGCAGGUGUACCUACGGUGCUCGGCGGGCUCUGUAGAGUGGAUGUACCCGACUGGGGCUCUCAUCGUCAACGUGCGGCCCAACACCUUCCCGCCCUCCCGACGACACCUGACUCUGUGCAUCAAGCCCCUCAGGGACUCCUCGGGCGCCAAUAUUUAUUUGGAAAAAACUGGAGAGCUGCAGCUGCUGGUGCGGGACGGGGACCGCGGGCCCCGCCAGGUGCACUGCUUUGGCUUCGAGCAGAGGGGCCUGUUCGUGGAGGCAACGCCCCAGCAGGACAUCAGCCGGAGGACCACGGGUUUCCAGUACGAGCUGACCAGCCGGCACGCGGAGUCAGACCUGCGUGCCCAGUCAGCCCCGUGCCGCCCCUGCAGCGACACAGAGGUGCUGUUGGCGGUCUGCACCAGCGACUUCGUCGUCCGAGGCUCCAUCCAGGACGUCACCCACGAACCAGAGCAGCAGGAGUCUGCCAUCCACCUGCACGUGAACCGGCUGUACCGGCAGAAGAGCACUGUCUUCCGGCCAGCCCCAGAGGGCGGUGGCUGGCAGGGGCACGUCACCACGCUGUUGGAGUGUGGUGUGAGGCCCGGACGUGGGGAGUUCCUCUUCACGGGCCACAUACACUUUGGGGAGGCCCACCUUGGCUGCGCCCCGCGCUUCAAGGACUUCCAAAGGAUGUACAAGGAUGCUGAGGAGAAGGGCCUGAACCCCUGCGAGAUGGGCACAGAGUGACUGUGGGUGGCCACCGCUGCUGCCACAGCGGGCGCUUGGACCUGUGCUCCCCGGCGCACAAGCCACGUCUGACCCCACGAGGUCCUGGCCAAGGACUCCCUGACUGAUUGGAAAUGUUGUAAGAUGCAAACUAAGUUAUUAUAUUUUUUUUAAAAAAGAAACGUCCAUAGGAAAUAAACUCCAGUGUCUUAAAA